AUGUGUCACCUCCAUGAGUACCACUUUGUUAAAGAGAAGAAGACCUGGACUGAAGCCCAGCAGUACUGCAGAGAGCAUCACACUGACCUGGCCACAGUGUCUAACAUGACAGACAUGGAGAGACUACGUGACUCUGCACAGAAUCACAGUGGAGCCUGGAUUGGGCUUUACAACCACACAGAUGCCAACAGGACAUGGCACUGGUCUCUGCCAGGGGUGGAGUACGAUGAAAGUGAGAGCAAUUUGGAUGAUGAGAAAAAAACUGAGAACUGUGUGCGGAUGGAGGAUGAAGAAUGGGCUGGUGCCCCUUGUACUGAAGAAAGGAAAUCUGUCUGCUAUAACGAAAGGAAGCAAUCCAACAAGAAAUUCCAUGUGAUUGAAGACAAGAUGAGCUGGCCACAGGCUCAGAGCUACUGCAGAGAACAUCACACUGACCUGGUCAGUGGACACCAACAGUUAGAGGACAACGAAUUCAAGGAUGAGUAUGAGUCAGAAUGCGUGUGGAUCGGCCUGUUCAGAGACUCCUGGAGGUGGUCAGAUGGGAGCAAUCACUCUUUCAGAUACUGGGAUCUGGAGUUAUUCAGAGAUGAAGACAGCAGCAAGAAAUGUGCUGUGACUCUGCUGGAUGGAAAAUGGAGCUCCGACGAGUGUAAUAAAACAAAACCCUUCUUCUGCUAUGAUGGCCAGUGUUCCCACUUCAUGUGUCACUACUAUGAGUACCACUUUAUUGAAGAGAAUAAGACCUGGACUGAAGCCCAGCAGUACUGCAGAGAGAAUUACACUGACCUGGCCACAGUGUCUAACAUGACAGACAUGGAGAGACUCCGUAACGUUUCACAGAAUCACAGUGGAGCCUGGAUUGGGCUUUCCAACCACACAGAUGCCAACAGGAUGUGGCACUGGUCUCUGCCAGGGGUGGAGUAUGAUGAAAGUGAGAGCAGUUGGGAUGAAAAUGAGCCAAAUGACAAGAUAAAACCUGAGAACUGUGUGCGGAUGAAGGAUGAAAAAUGGGCCGAUGCCCCCUGUACUACAAAACAUGAAUUUGUCUGCUAUGAUGAAAGGAAGCAAUCCAACAAGAGAUUCCAUCUGAUUGAAGACAAGAUGACCUGGCCACAGGCUCAGAACUACUGCAGAGAACAUCACACUGACCUGGUCAGUGGACACCAACAGUUAGAGGACAACGAAUUCAAGGAUGAGUAUGAGUCAGAGUGCGUGUGGAUCGGCCUGUUCAGAGACUCCUGGAGGUGGUCAGAUGGGAGCAAUCACUCUUUCAGAUACUGGGAUCUGGAGUUAUUCAGAGAUGAAGACAGCAGCAAGAAAUGUGCUGUGACUCUGCUGGAUGGAAAAUGGAGCUCCGACGAGUGUAAUAAAACAAAACCCUUCUUCUGCUAUGAUGAUAAAGUGAUCCUGAUCAAAGAGAGAAAGACCUGGGAGGAAGCCUUGAAUUACUGCAGAGAGAAACACUGUGACCUGGUCUCCAUCACCAAUCCUCACCAGCAGAGAUGGGUCCAAGAGAGAGCCAAGAAGGCCAACACUACCCACGUCUGGCUGGGACUGCGCUACACCUGCGUUAUGGAUUUGUGGUUCUGGGUCAAUGACAAUGCGGUCUGCUACCAGAAGUGGGCCUCAGAAGAAAAGACUGAGAGCUGUGACAGGGCUGCAGCCAUGAGCAGAGAGGAAGGACAUGAGUGGUUUCAAAAGGCUGAUAAUGAAACAUUUAAUUUCAUCUGCACUGUAAAGUAAGUUUCCCAGGUCAGUGGUCGAAAGCAGCAGAAAGAUUCUUAACGACAAAACAUAAUGACAAAAUAGUUUU